AAAUACUCGAAAAAAAUUCCCAAUUUGUAAAAUUUUAUGUGAUGCAUUCAAUGACAAAAAUUAAGGCUUCUGUAGCACAUUUUGAUCAAGUGAUUAACAAUGUGAAACUCGUUCUAUUAUAAUAGUAAAACGAUGUAGUCGUGGGAAUUGUUUGGUCAUAUUCAUUUUUGAUUGCACAGUUUUUAAACGUGGAAAGAGAAAUUGAAUAUAUUUGCGGAAUGUUUAUUCUUGAAUGAUCAUGUUUUUCUGAUGGUAAUUUGCCUUUCAUGUUUACAUAGAUUUAAGAAACAUGAUAUAAAAUGGUUUUCAGGUUCAGAAGAAAGUAUUUAAAUAAGUUCUCUCGGUCAUUAUUUCAUGACCGGUACUUGAAAAUUGUUUUUUAUAUCCUUUAUUCCUAGUUGUUUUCUUCAAUUUUAUUGUUUUUAUUUCUUCUUCCAAAAACUAUUGAAAACCACACGACUGACAAGAAGUGUGUUAUGAUUUUCUAAAAUAAAUUUGACUUGUUUGCAAUUUCGAAAGAAAAAAAUAUAUUACAAAGAUACAUUUUAGUAGCUAUUUGGUGAUUAUAAUGCAAUUUGUUAUGGUUCUUCGUUUGAACAACAAUUUCAAUAUAAUAUAAUAAACAAAUUAGAGCUUGACUCCGUGAAAUCAACCAAUUUGAAUAAGAUUUAUUGAUGGUUUUCUACUCGAAAGAAAGAAAUAACAAAUUUUUUUUUAUAAUGAAAAUCUAUGACAUAAAUUGUCUUCCAUUUAGUAACCUCAAAUGAAUUGUCUGCAAUGAUAUAAAUCGUAGUACGUAUUGAACACAAUUUGUCAGUUUCAAUAAUGCUUUUAUGGUCAAUUAGGUUUAUGCCGGAUUAACCAGUCCAAACGAAAGAAUAAGUGAAUCAAUAUGUUUCAUUUCUCAUCUUUUCGGCAUCUGUAACUACUUUCUCAGUGGAUUAUUCGAUUAAAUCCGUAUCGAACUGAAUUACACACCAUUUUGUAAACGUUUUUCAAUGAAGAAAUUGACUGCUAACUGGUUUCAUUCAUGUGAAUAUUCAAUUAUAGCCAAGAUUCGCUACAUACAAUGUGGAAAUAUGAACCUAUUUGGACAGUAAUUUUUAUAGUAAUCUAUAGUCGACUCGUAAACAUCACUUCCGAUACCUGGGAAUGGAAAAGCGUGUAUACAUUAUACACACAUCGCCUUAGUUGUAUUUUUCCUCUUUAUUGCGUUUAUUUUCAGUUAUUUUCACACCAUUCUUCGUUCUUUUGUGAUGCUGUACUGAUGAUUUAUAUGAGAUACAAAUUUUAAUGUCUCAACUGAUUGUACUUUUCUUGUCUUAAUGUAAUUAUUUCACUCAAUAUCGGAGCUUGACUAGUUAUUAAAGUAGAAACGAUUGCUCAAAGUUAGAACUUCAAACUAAAGCGGUACAAAAAUGUUGGAAAACUGUCAAUGUCAAACAUUCAUUACUUUUCAUACCGAUCAAAUCUUCGAGUUGCAAGUCAGUAACCAACGAGCAAUUACAUUUCAUUACCACUUGUGGAGAAAUUCAAUAGAUUUUAAUUACUCAAUCAAUUAGAUAGAGAAGGUGAAGCAGUCACUUUUUUUCCAAUUCGAAAUCCGUAAGAUUACAAAUGAAAAGUAUGUGAAUGUGGCGCAAAUUGUUUAUCAGCCAUUUCUUGGGCUCUAGGUGAGCCGUUUGUAUUCAUUCAUGUUUCAUUGUUUCAUCAAUAAAAGAGUUACGCACAACCAGGCAUGACUGCGCAAUUGGAAUGCUAUAAAUCAAAGAGAAAAUAUCACAUUUACCCUGACCAAAUGCAAGUGAAUGGCUUAAAUUUUUUUUCAAAUAAUCCAUUAAACAACUAUAUUUGUGUAAUUGAGAAUUCUCUAAAUAUGAUGAGCGUUACUAACACUGUUUAGGACAAUCUUUCGGUGGGCAGCAUCAAAUCUUGUCCAAAUCUAAACUAUAGACUUCGAAUCAUGCUAUUGCUACUUGUCAACUAAAUUUUUUUGCCACGCGCAUAUGAGUUCAAUCGACAAUUUUGUGUUUAGUUAUAAUUGGUAAUACGCGCCAAAAUUGUGUACCACAUCUUAUUAACCAAAUCUCAUGAAGUCUCAUUGGAAGUUGUAAGCAAGUUGCCAUUCAAAAGCAAGACGUGGACAAUAAUUACAUUCUUCUACGUAUGUAUCCAUUGAAAUUAAAGUAUACAAGAACAAUAAUGGAAAAGGAAUUUUAUGUAUAUUAUUGUAAAAUAAAAAACAUAAAUUUUGCAAAAAGAUUAACACAAUAAACAUUCAAUAAAUGUAACAAUACCUCAAUUUAUAAGUAUGCACUUUGAACUUAUAAAGGUAUUAUUGAAAUUUGAAGAUUGCAUUACACAUGCUUUCACCCCAACAAAUCCGAACAUGCAAGCAUCGUCUUUGUAUGUAGAGAAUGUGAUGUUGUAUACUUUCCUCCCAUAGAAAUUUGCCGUGAAACGCUCAUAGGCUGUGUUUUAGUAUCCCACCUAUCGCAAUCUUUUACAAAGAAUCAUGACAUUGAAAAAGGCAUGCAGCGGUAUCAACAGAGAAAAAAAUCACCCAAAUGUUUGUUCCACUAACAUCGAAAAUGAAGUAGUUGACUUUUUAUGCUCAGCGUGAAUUGCCAUUGUUGGAAUCAAUGUAAAUACUCGAUUCAGUCUGAUAUUUCCUUAUAGUUAACUGUGUUAUACGAUUGAGAAAAAAAAUUAUCGUAUAAAAAAUCGAAUGUUUGCAAAUGAUAGAUAUUUUUCUUGUGAUAGAAAUGAAUCUCAGAAUCCACACUCCAAUUAACACAUUGAUGCAAAAUUCGAAGAAGCUGCGCCGAUCUUCCACGCUCCAUAAGAAUCAUGCGGGCAAUGUAUUUAUUGAACUCAUAAGAGCAUAAAAUAAAUAUUUGCUUAUGAUUUGUACGUAAACUGUUUCCAUGAAACGUAUCAAUGCUCCCCCAUUUUAUUAUGUUGGACAUGCAGAUUUGAACGGUGAAAUGCACCAACGCAACUAACGGUAAUGAACAAUUAUUAGCAAAUCUAUUCAAGAACCCGACAACGAGCAUCAAAUUCUAUUUUUUUAAUCGUAAACAUGUACGGGAUAAACUGGUUGCAUAAUGAUUUAUAUCGAUAAUGUACAGUGUACAUUUUUUAAGCCGGGAGUAACAAGUUUCUGUUUCACCUUAGUUACAUCUACUGCAAUAGAUCGAAGAGGUUAAAGAGGCAAAUUCUCGUUUACUCUUUAGGUUGGAACAGACUUUGCAAGUAAAACGCUAUUAGAAAACAUUUUAAAAAAUCAUCUAGUUCAUAUCAUAUAUUAAUAAAUGUAAUUGAUUCAUUUGUGUAACUUGAGCCACAUCGUAUUUGACUGUGCAGUUUUUUUUUAACAAAAAACCAGUAAAUAGCAAGACCCAUUAUUAAAAUGUAUUAAACCGUUAUGUCGAACUCUUACAUUUAAAUUUCUUCGAGAUUGUUGAAUUAAGUCCAUAUAUUAAGAUGCUCUUUGCGUGAAAAAAAAUACUUCACAGUCGAUUUGUCGAAGCUCUUUGCCAAAGCGUUCAGUUAGGUUGAAUGAACAGUAUAGCGAUUCAAAGAUCAUUUGGAUAUAAUUAAUCGAAUGAAGCUCUCUUAAUAAAAAAAAAUCUCACUACAAUCUCCCGCGUCUUUUGAAGAGACAGCACGAUAUUGAAAUUAUGUACUUACCAUCUUUGUGAGAUCUACUAACAACGAAGAUGAUAUUGAGUCUCUUUUUAAGCAAACUAAGAUAUUUGCAAUCAGUACGAUGAUAAAAAAAAUUAAAUCAUUGGACAAUACCCGCAAUGAAUUUAGAGAGUUCGCAAAUGAUGAUGAUUUAUUUAACAUAAGCAUGUACGGUGUACCUGUACACCUAUCGAAAUACAAGUCCAUGUUUUCUGUAUCCGUAACCAUCUUAAAUGUAUGGUUUUUAUUCAAAGUCUUGCGGAUAGUUACGUUUUGCGGUUUUUGCUAUUUAAAUUCAUUUUACUAUUUAUGCCACGCCAAUGAAACAAUAAUGGCAUCUUUAAAUUGAUUAAAUAUUUACCGUGGCGAAAAAUAUGUGUAAAUAUCUGAUUUGAUGUAUCAAAUAAAUUGCUACUGCAGUUAAUUUGAAGUUUUAGUUUUUUUAUUCUGCAGUUGCAGCUACGACACAUGGUGCUAAAAGCGGAUCAUUUUCCCACAAUUAUACAUGUUCAGAAUUCAGCAUUCAUUCAACAAUUUUUCAAUGUCUGAAACAUGUUCAAUAAUUUGAUAAAAUAAUGUACUUAAUAUUUUUCAAUCAUUAAUUUCUUUUUUGCAUUCUCACGCAACAAUAGUCAUCUAAAGAUUGAAAGUAACAAUAUUCGUUUCAACAUUAACAUUAAACCGUAUCAAAACGAUUGCGAACCGAACAUUAAACCUCAUUUACAGCGUCAUUGAAUAUUAUAUAUCCCUUGUCCUUUCAUCGAGUUAAAAUGCCAAGCACCACUUUUAAUAACAACCGCGACAGAACGUCAUUGAAUUGUAAAUAUGCCGUGUGUGCAUUCAAAAAAGUUCGGAUAAUACGCAUGGGAUAGACAUUGAGGAACUUGCAGGUAAAAUGUCAGAAACAUUGGAACUUAUUUGAUAACGGUUUGGGUGAGAGAUAUUAAAUAUUCUGCACAUGUAAAAAGGAAAUAUCCGCUAUUCAUUACUUUAAUCUGCUAGCCAUCAAACAAGCACUUAAGAAUCUUCACUUGAAAAAUAAUUCCAAGACAUUGAAAGUGUAAAAAAACAAAGUAAAAUAACCGUAUACAAAAACCACAUUCGAAAUCAGAGCCAUAUGCUUAUUCACAGAAAAUACAUAUGCAAGCUCUUGCGGUGGAAUGUAUGCUCGCUUCAGUGUUUGUAAUCUGAACGCGAAGCGAUACGAACAGUUUACGAGUGAAAUGAAGAACAAAUAAUAAGUUUAGUUUGGCUGCGUUUAGUUCUGCGCUAGACGCUGUUCAUGUCGGACGUAAUGAGUGUAGGUCAUACUUAUUUUUAGACGAACAUUUCAUUUUUCACGUGAUUUCAUUUCUCGUAUCAGAUUCGGUUUCGAUAAAUUACUCUACUUACUAAUACCAGAUAGAGUGCUAUUUUUAUUCAAUGUUUGUGUUUCGACGCUGUUGUGUUUGUGUUUUUCGUUACAAUUUUCUCCGAACAAAUUUUUGCCGAAUCAAAAACGAACUAAAAGGAGACGCAACGAAGAGAUUUUAAUUGUUGAUAUUGAAUCAAACGAUAGAAAACUGACAAUUUUCAGUAUACCAUACUAAAUAAAAAAAAUCAAUUGAAACAAUUAUCUGUGAACUGAUGGGAGAAAAAGAAUAUUUCAAGUUUUGUACCAAAAAAAUCAUGUGAAGUGCGGGAUAAUGUCUCAGCGAUAGCCGUCAGCUUGUGUCAAUGUCACACACACAAACUGUCAUAACGAACACUUUAGUGCAUACACACUUGACUUUGCUAUCGAUGUCUAAAUGAAUUGUAGUAACAACGUACACACUCACAAUCUAUUAUUGUUUUGAUUAACAAGUGUUGAAAAUUGUUCGGUUUAAUCGUCGACUGGAGCGAUAGUUUGUUAACUUAUUCGCUUUACUUUGGAGUGCAUGAACAUUAACGACGUUUCACAACAAUGACUAGUCAACAUUAAAUCACUUUCGGCUCAUGAGACGCUGAUAUUUCAAUAAAAUAAAUUCGUCGGCAGAAUUAAAAUGAAUAAGUUUCUGGAACUAUUUCGUUACUGAAUUCUGUUACAUGUUUUCAAGUAGUUCAGAGUUGAGUUAUUUAAAUGAACAAUACCACUUGCAAUCCGAUCGAAUUCCUGUGAUUCAUCAUAAACAAGAACGAAAGAAAUCUUCAUUUUUGGUGAAUUGAGUAAAAUCAUUGAAAAUAUGGACGAACAAUUUUGCAUAAAGUCAAAGAAAUCUAACACGAACAAUGACCACAAGUAUUAUGAAUAAAAUAUCUGCAGCGUUGAAUUUGAAAUCUUCGUUGGAAUUAGCUCCGAGCCAUUUGGGUUCUAAGAAAAGCGAUGACCAAAAUGAAUAUCAUACAAUAUUCACGAAGCGCCUGUCAAAUUCAUCCGUUCCAGGUCACAUGAAUUCAACAAGCUGUAGUGAAAUCGAUGAGGUUGAUCAGCAUAAUCAAUGCUCAUUAGAUGACUUUAUUGGCGGUCCAAUCGAUGAUGAACAAUCGUUGAAUUCGUCUCAAAAUCUUGAUCAAAAUGCUGAUUUUAAUCGGUCGAUAACCGCAACGCCAGCUGAUUCGAGUUGCGGUUUCCAUAAUACAUUCAGUGUACUUGAAAAGCACUUGAACAAAACAAAAUACCUGAAGCUAAGCCAGAAACAAAUAGAAUACUUAUUGCUGCAAAACAAAGAUUUGGCCGUUCACAAUGACACUUAUAUUGAUAUCCCAAUAAAUGAUCGCCGCAGUCUUCAUGCUGUUAACGGUUUGUCUAACAGUUCCAUGAAUGACGCCAACGGUUGGAAUUCCGACGAUGAAGAGUCUCCCAGUCAUCUUGAGCUAGAGUUGGAAGCAAUGGGUCGCCUUCGUUCAAUGUGGAACGAAGAGAUGUUAGCAAACAGCAAAGUUGAAAAUGAUGAAAAAGAAUCAUCGCCCACACCGUUCGAUUCAUCCUUGAUAGAAGAAUUUUAUCAACAAGAUAACUACAGCAUUGGUGUGCAGAAUCCGAACGAGUACAUCUAUCAUGUUGCCAAAUCGCGAGAUGGUCAACUCUACAUACGAGUGCGGCGAAAUCUGCGCUUAGAUCAAGUCCUCUGCUCCAAUCGCCUGAGCCAGAUGACACGCGUCUACGAUGACAUUGAAGCGGUUACUAGACUACUAGAGGAGAAAGAAAAAGAUUUGGAGUUGACGGCGCACAUUGGCAAAGAUUUACUAGCCGAAAAUACUCGCCUCAAGAAACAAGUCGAAGAACUGGAAAACGAUGUGAAAGUAGCCAACGAAAAUUGUAUCCAACUGAAAUACGAGUUAACCACAAAAUGUAAUUUGUUGGCGGCCUUAACGAAUGACGAUGAUGCUAUUGUAAACGAAGAAGAAUAUACUCCAAUGUCACUCACAUCUGUUAAUCUAGACCUGCUGCAGAAAAAAGUGUCAAUAUUAGAGAAUGAAAAUAAAGCACUGAGAAAUGAAGCGACACAACUAUCUAAAGAAACUGAUGAGGUUGAGGAGAUCGAACGCCGAUUAAUGGACAAUAUACGAGAUGAAUUGAGUAGUACAAAGGACCAGUAUGACCAUCUAAUUUAUGAAUUGGAUCGACUUAAGGAGGAAAAUAAAACGCAAAGUGAAUCGAUUGAAAAACUGACGGGUAACUUGGCCAAAGCCAAUUUGCAAAUAAAAGAAUUGACAGCCGAAUAUGACGAACAAACGACACGACUUCGGAUUACUACCGAAAAUCAAAAUGCCCUUGCCAUGGAAUUGGCUGAGUCAAAAGCACGCUACCAAGAAGUUCUAUCGUUAUUGGAGGAAACACAAAAAGAACUCCGAAAUCAACGUAAACGUCAACAGCCUACCGUACGAAGUUCAUUAAUCCCUGGAAUUGCAUCAUUGGCCUACCCACCAGGGGAAUCAUUGCAAUCAGAGCUAAUGGAGUCUUCACUUUUCUCAGAUCACAGUUUGGACUCAGGCAUUGCUUCAGAUCGUGGUUGUGGAAUGAUGGGAACAUCAUACAAUCAAAAUCAAGCGUAUAAAAAAGCAUUUGAUAUGGUUCGCUGUGUAGGGAAGGCUGCAGAUAACCAACCUAUACAGCUUGGUUCAAUGUCAAUGAGCAAUAGCGCAACACAACCGCGUAUGUCUUCAUUUCCAUUCGCCAGUGGAGUGGAUACGACAAAAAGUCCAUCGAUUUAUGGAAAUUCAUCUUAUCCAGCUUCAAUGGGCUCAAAGACUUAUUCGCACGAUAGCCUAACAUCAGAUUCGGAAGAAAGUUAUCCAUCUAAACCCAUUGGAGUACCUGGUGCGCCAGGAUCGAAAGAAUUAGAAGCAGCGCUGAAAAGACUUACACCAGCUGAAGUUUUAGUUCGUCGUACAAUGCUUUCGAAUGCACCACCCGGUACAUACUCAUACGAAGAAGGAAUCGAUGGUAGAACUGGUUUCCGUACACCUGAUAGCAUAAUGUCGACAGGUUCAUCAGGCGGCAGUUUAUGCUAUUCUUCCAACCACCCAUGGCGAAAAAAACUUGAAUUGGUAAUGCCUAUGGAAGGUUCACAAACUCUACAUCAUUGGAAUCGCUUAGCCACACCAACGCUAAGCGGUCUUCUAGAUGAGCGUCCUGGUGUUACAAUUCGUGGGGGCCGUGGCUUGGAUGAACUUGGCUUACAUUUGUACUCACUAUCAGAUGUUGAAGAGGAUGAAGCAGAUCAUCCAGGCAAGCAAUACGAAACAUUAGGCAGCAUUUAUACGUACACGAACAGCACAGUGAUGCAUCCGGAUGACGGAAUGUCAUUGACAUCCAGUUUACCUCAAUCGCAAAUGUCAUCAAAAAUAAAUUCAAUAAGCAGUUCACGCCAGCCAAGCGCACCAGCAACACCACAUACAGGUCUAUCUCGACGAAAUUCCUGCUCAACAUUCUCUGUGAGUGCGGGUCUUGCUUCUAUGCUUAACGAACGAGGUAUUAAAGCAGUUACACCAAGCGCACUAAACACACCAGCAGGUCAAAAUCACUCUCCAACAGUCACACCAUGCAAUAGCCCAGAAGGAUCACCGACACGAGAUCGUUCACCCGAACCACCGUUGUUAACAGGAUUGCUAUACUCGGGUGCUGAUAUGAUUCGACGAAAAUUAGUUGGAAACAAUAGUGAAAGUCCAGACAGAUCAUCCCGCAUACCAGCUCGAAAUAAGAUUCUUCUUUCUCGACAAGAGAAACGUGCUCUGCGAUCACUGCGAUUAAUGGAAAAAGUCGAAAGCAUCGGAUUGGAAAAUAUAAUGCACGCAUCUUCAAAUUACCACCCAGUCGGUAUAAGUCCACUAGCUGUAGGCUCUGUACGGACGCGAACGGCAAGUCCAAUGACACAAUUGACUAGUUUGAAGAAUAUUUCACAACAGCACCGGCGAAGUGAUGACCCAUAUGCUGUAGACAAGGAGACAAUAAAAGCAGUUUUGAACAAAGGCCUUUCACAUGAAAGUCUUCUGAGUGAUAUUACAACCGAUGGUUCAACCACCAGCUCAAUAACACGUCUGGAUGAUUCUGACUCGACGCUGAAUAACCAGAAACCACCAUUUGAAGCGUCCUCGCAAAUAAGCAUUGGAACAACAAAUCGCAACGAGAAAACACCGCAGAAAGUAAAACAAAUGCAGCGACAAAAGAGUCGGAGAAGUCUAAUGAAUGGAGGUGGUGGCCAAAGACCUGACCUCGGCACUGUUGGGCCGGGGACUACGAAAAAAAAUAGUAAUAAUAGUCAUAGUAAGUCAACUCACAGCACAAAGCUGAUACAAGAAUUGGAUUCAGACGAUGAUGAUCGGUCUAGUAUUGCAUCAGUGGCACCACAGCAAUCCUACACACAGAGCUUUGUAGGCAGCAUUAGUUCUCUCUUUUUUGGUAGAAAGGGUGGCCUUUUGUAAAAGAAUAAAAUUUGUGACUUUCUGAAUGAGUUAAGAUCAAAGAAUAGUAACAGGACAAAAAACAUUGUAUAUUUAGUCUUAAUAUCAAAAUGGUAGUGAAAUUGCCGAGAAAUGGUGGAAACGAAUCAAAAUGUUAUAUCGCAAAAGUGUUUUUUCCUUUGAAUCGGAAUGAAUUUGAUGCACAUAUAAAGGCGAAGAGAAAUAGAGAAUUGACGGUUUUUCCAUUGAGAUAUGGAAUUUAUUUCAACAAAACCUACAAACUCGAAAUGUGUUUGAUAGGAUUUUAAGCUAAGAACUUGAAGUAUUUAUUAAAUGUACCCAAGAAAAUUUGAACAUAUACAUGAUAACACACAUUUCAUAGUUAUCGGCCAAUUUCAAUUUGGACAGUAACGCGUUUUUUUUCAAAUUUCUGGAUGUAUGUUUUAUUUGAUUUUGAUGCCAAAAGAACCAUUUUUUCCAUGUUACUUUGCUAUUGUUGAAAAAAUGGGAAUAAAACACAAUUCAAAAGUUAA